AUGGCUCCUUCAUUCGAUAAGAAGAAGUGCGGUGUUCUUGGUGCCACCGGCUCGGUGGGCCAGCGCUUCAUCCUGCUGCUGGCAGACCACCCCUUCCUUGAGCUCCAUGCUGUGGGUGCUUCUGCGCGCUCCUCUAACAAGAAGUACAAGGAUGCUGUGAACUGGAAGCAGUCUACUCCCAUGUCAGAGAAGCUCAGCAACUUGGUUCUGCGUGACUGCACAGCCGAGCAGUUCUCUGACUGUGACCUUGUCUUCUCUGGAUUGAACAGCGACAUUGCGGGCGAGACCGAAAUGGCGUUUAUUAAGGCCGAGAUCCCUGUCUUCUCCAAUGCGAAAAACUUCCGCAAGGACCCCAUUGUACCAUUGGUCGUUCCCACUGUCAACCCCCAACAUCUGGAUCUGAUUCCCCACCAGCGGGAGAAGUUCGGCCUCAAGAAGGGCUUCUUGGUCUGCAACUCUAACUGUGCUGUUAUCGGAAUUGUCAUCCCCUUCGCCGCUCUGCAGGCCAAGUUUGGUCCCGUUGAGGAAGUCGAGGUCUUCACCGAACAAGCCGUCUCCGGAGCUGGCUACCCCGGUGUCCCUACUAUGGACAUUCUCGAUAACGUCAUCCCCUACAUUAGCGGCGAGGAGGACAAGCUCGAGAACGAGGCCCAAAAGAUUCUGGGUUCGUUGAACGCCAGCGCUACCGGUUUCGAUGAGCAAUCUGGCCUUCGCAUCGGUGCCACUUGCACCCGCGUCGGUGUCACCGAUGGCCACAUGGCAUUCGUCUCCCUGCGUUUCAAGAACCGCCAGACCCCCUCCGCCGAGCAAGUCGUUGAGGCUCUGCGCGAGUACAAGUCAGAGGCACAGAAGUUGGGUGCUCCCUCCGCACCUGAGCCUGCGAUCAAGGUGUUCGAUGAGCCCGACCGCCCCCAGCCUCGUCUUGACCGCGAUAUCUCUGGUGGAUAUACCGUGAGUGUUGGUCGAGUUCGUGAGGGUGCCCCUGGUGGUCACUUUGAUAUCAGAUUCGCUGCUCUCUCACACAACACUGUGAUCGGAGCUGCUGGAUCAUCCAUCCUGAACGCCGAGGUCGCUGUUAUCAAGGGAUACAUUUAG